GGAAGGAAGGAAAGAAAAAAGAAGGGAGGGAGAGAGGGAGGGAGGGGGCAUCGAGACCCCCCCAAAGCCCCGAGAGGAGCCCCCGGGGAAGGGAUGGGGGUCCUCCUGGGGGGCCAGAGCGGGUGGCCCUCCACACUCCUGGCAGCCUUCGUCCUGAGCGUUUGCUUCUUCUCGACCGAAGCCAGGAUUCAGGUGACAAACAUCUCGGUGGAGCCACCAAAGCCCAUGGAAGGAGGACGUGUCCGCUUGACCCCCGUCUCCCUCCCUCCCGUCCCAUCAACUUGCCGCUGGUUCCGAGGGGAGUGGGACUCCAAUGAAACCAUCCUGGUGUAUUACUUCUACCCACGGCAUUUUGUUUGGAAGGCGGCACAAUUCACCGGGCGAGAGACCAUACGGAGUGACUGCUCCCUUGAGAUCACAGACCUAAACAUCACCGACCUUGCCAACUACGUAGUCCUCAUCGAGGGCCCCGAGGGAAGUCGGGUGGGCACCGUGGAGCUUAUCAUCCACUAUCCAUACGAGGACGAGCCCAACGAGUUUGGUCGGGGGUUCAACAAAACGACCAUCGUUGGCAUGGUCUUUGGGAGCCUGGGUGCCGCCGUGGUCCUGGUCCUGGUGCUUUUCACCAUUUACUAUUCUUCUCACCGAGAAAUUCCAACACUUCCUAGAGCUGCCCCCCAGCCCUUGCAUGUGAGGAAAGGCCCGAGAGUCCCGAGGAAAGGCCCGAGGAAAGGCCCGAGAGUCCCGAGGCAAGGGUCACUGAGCGUAGGGAACAUAGAGAAAUUAAUCCAACCACUGGCAAGUUGUAAAAAUGGAGCUAAAGGUCAGAUUAUCGAAGUCCUAUUGAUGCCGCCCAGGCUCCAGUCGGUACCUUUGGAGAAAGAUAUCUUCAUCUGCUACAAACCAUGCCAAUACAAGGCCUUGCUUGCAAAUAAACAGAAGAGAUACCUGAGGCUGCAUAUGUGGAUUGUGUUCUCCUUUCUCUUUUAGCCAGCCUCAAUUUCGAAGCAGGGAGGAGAAGGAAUCACAUGGAAAGGUAACCUCCCUGAUAUGAAUGAGGACUUUCCUUCUCCGACAAACCCACAUUGCUAUAGAUAAUUGGUCCUCCAUAUUUGAAAGCAGUUCUUAUACUCCAGAACAUCAGUAAGUAUUUAUUAUUAACCGCCUUGAGUCCCCUCGGGUGAGAAAGGCAAGGCAAAAAUGGUAUAAAUAAAAUAAAUAAAUGUAUUACACUAUGGAAGAAAAUUUGAAAAAAAAUCGUUCCUGGU